UCUAAAUUAUAUUAUUUCAAGAGACAUCUUUCAAGAUGACUUUGUGCCUGAUCGAGGGCUUUCUCCGAAAGGUGCUAAUUGACAAACUUACAUGCUUAAUGUUCAAAAGGAAACAGAAGAGGUUUAUAAUUUUCAAGUGUAAUUAAACCUAUAAUGAACCACAGACUAGAGGACUUUGGGAGGACUUUGGGACCAAAAUCUUUUCUGGCCAACCCUCUUCUUUUCAUCAAACCUGAAAGGACAGAGAUCGGAAACAGUUGGAGGUGAGGCCAUCGAUGGCAAUGGAUAGGACAGUGUUUGAAGCUGCAGCUUCGGGGGACGAAAGCCUUAUUCAGAGACUGCAGCAACAUGGUAUUGAUCCUCACCAAGUAACACCCAAGAUGAACACAAUUCUUCACAUUGCCGUGAGGUUCAAUCAAAGGGGUAUUUCAAAAGGAGUUCUUCGCUUAAGUCCAUGGCAACUUCACCAAGCAAACGCUGAAGGAAACAGUCCUUUACAUAUAGCAGCGAAAAUUGGGAGUGAAGAGAUAGUUAAGCUUCUCAUCGGUGGUUUGGAGGACAUUGAAAGCCACCAAGCUGAUACUAUAAGGAUGAAAAACUUGAAAGAGAAAGACACUGCCUUACAUGUUGCAAUUAAAAAUGGUAACUUUGGUGUAGCAAAACUGCUAAUGGAAAAAGAUCCAGGAUUGUUGGAGUUGGUGAAUAAUGCUAAUGAAUCUCCACUUUUUCUUGCUGUGGAGGGAGGUUUUCUCGAUAUUGCACAACAUAUUUUACAACAGUUUCCUUCAGCUCCAUGCUGCGGCUCCAAUGGCAUGAAUGCUUUGCAUGCAGCCGUUAUUCGAGCCCAUCAUGCUAGCAUGUUAGAAUAUCAGGCACCUGACUUGUCUCUUGAGAAAUUCCGACGCCUACUAAGCGGCUUUCUUUUGCACGCUGGAGACCAAUGCACUAAUAUAGGAUGCAGAAAGACUUACCAACCAACACAAAUUGAUAUCAUGCGCUUACUGCUUGAAAAUGGAGGUCAUGGACUUGCAGAAGAAAAGGAUGUAUUUGGAUGGACUCCACUUCAUUGUGCAGCACAUCUCGGACAUCUUAAAGCAACUCGACUUUUACUUCAUCAUUCCCCAACUUGUAUUGCAUACUUCCGGGACAACGAAGGCACCUCUGCUUUGCAUAUUGCUGCAAGACAAGGCCAUGUCAAUGUAAUGGAAGAAAUUAUUGGUCACAAUCCGGAUGCUUGUGACUUGGUUGAUAACAGAGGAUGGACUCCUCUUCAUGCUGCCAUUACAAAUGAAAGGCUCAAUGUAGUCAGGUAUAUACUGAAGAAGCCAAUGCUUGAGAACCUCAUCAAUGCAGUGGAUAAUGAAGGGAAUACACCUCUUCAUGUGGCUGCUGGAAGGGACAAGUACAGCAUCAUAACAAUCCUUGUGAAUGAUCUUAGAGUUCACAAGAAGGCUCAAAAUCUCAACUUCCAAAAACCCAUUGACUUGAUUCGAACGAAUCCAAAUAUUGGAGAACUUUACAAGUCUAUGAUUACAAAGAAGUUGGAUAGCCAAGGAGGCCGACUAAGUCUGCGAUCACUUGUCCAUGGAAUGGACAUUCAUGAGAGAGAAGUUGGCCAGGAGAACAAAGAAAUGAAAUCUCAUAGAUUGAAAAACAUAUCCAACAUUCAUCUGCUGGUGGCAAGUCUUAUCGCAACGGUGACUUUUACAGCAGGUUUUACAAUGCCUGGAGGGUACGAAAAAGACCAAUCAUCUACGAAGGGCCUGGCAAUGUUAUCUAACAAGACAUCUUUCAAGGUGUUUGUAAUAGCAGAUUCAAUAGCUUUCUACUGCUCCUCUACCUCAGUUUUCAUACAAUUCUGUGGUUCCUUGGAGCAUAACUAUCAUCUGCUUUUACGUUUUACACGAGUUGCAGCAACUCUCACUUAUAUUUCUAGUCUUGGGAUGGUACUGGCUUUCACUUCAGCAAUGCACGCAGUUAUGCCUGAUUCCACAAUGUUAGCAUGGUAUACAUUUAUAUCCGGUAUUUGCGGGAUAUUUGUCUAUAUCUUUGGGUUUUUGUAGAUGUGAAAACGCAACAUCUUUUUAAUAUGAUAAACUUAUUCAAAUAAUUAAUUGUAAUGUAUUUCUUAUCGAUAUGUAAUCUUCACUCCCACUUGACAUUGUUUUGAUGUAGAACAAAUACAACUAAUCCUCCCAAAAACUAGAGUUGUUUAUGCGAAGAUGGAGACAGAAAAUAACUUCCAUUUUGAUUAGUUUUGCAGAGUCAACCAACCUAUUUGACAGGAUAUUUUCUCUGAUAAACUUUGCAGAUUUAAACAUGUUACAUAAGAUUGAAAAAAAAAAAAAAAAAUGGCAUUUCAGAGUAUGCCUAAGUAGU